UUUACCUUUUGACCAACGGCAACGACAGCUCUUCCGUUCUUACUUUCGCCUCAUUUAAUCACAAAUGCGCAGAAAAUACGUCGUAUUUACGCAUUUUAAACUUGUAUAAUUGCUUUUUACUUCCUGAGAAUUAAAACAAUUGUAUAUUAUGCCGUGGAACAGAAAUUAAAAAGGAAUUUAUAGAGUAUCACCAGCAGAGGAAACUUUCACGAGGUCGUCGAUGUAAUGCAGUUUGAGAAGAUUUUGACUCCAUUUUUGUUAUUUACAUCAUAUAUUACAGGUUUUUUAUACUGAAGAAAAAAUCAUCUGAUUUGAAAAUUUGACAUUAAAUUAGUGUAAUGUUUUAUGUGACAGUUUGCAUUAAUGACUGAAUAUUUUGUUUGCCUCUAUGUUACAUUGUUAAUUUAGAAAUAAUUUGUUAUAAGAAGUGUAGUUGGUCAUAUGAAACAUUUUGUUUUUUAAUUGAUAUAAUUGUGUUUUAUGUGUGUACUAGAUUUGACUCCUUUAUGGUGUCAGAAGUCUUGUUUUGUUAUAGGAAUACUAUUUGAUUUCCAGUAUCAUUGAAAGCAGGCUGUAAAUGAGCUAGGAUUAUUUUGAACUUGCAAAAGACCUGGAUGCAACCUACCAUUCUAUGAGAUGCAGACUUUGUGAUCACAUGAAUGAAAAUUGUUGACUUCAGUGCUUCCUCUCAUUCCAGCAAUUUCACUGUCUGAAGGUUUGGCAAUAGUUGGUUCAUUUUGAGAGCUUCUCUUGGAUGAAACUGAAAACUGACUUUGUUUCAAAGCUAUACAUUCAACAUCUUUUGAGAAUGGAAGCUGAAAACUCAGUUUUGCCUUUAAUCAAACAAGAAAAUGACAAUUUUGAGGAUGAACAUACUGAAAUCACAGUUGAUGGAUCUGUAUUUGUAGAUACUACCAUAGAAGUCAAGGCAGAGCCAGAAUAUAUUGAUUGUGAUGAAGUUGAUGUAAAAGAUACAUGCCAGCUUGUAGAGAGUGAAGAAGACCAUUUAAGUUUUGAUGUGGAACGCAGAAAGAUCUGUAUUGCAGAAGAAAAUAGACAUUUGGGUACAACUGAAGGCCAAGGGACAUUUUCACAGAUGUGCAACCAGAAAUCCCUCAUGAGAACUCAUACAGGAGAGAAGCGGUUCACUUGCUCUUUAUGUCAAAAUAGUUAUUCUUUCCUACGUGCUCUCAAAAGACACAUGAAAACUCAUACAGGAGAGAAACCAUUCACUUGCUCAGUAUGUCAAAAAAGUUUUUAUGCAUCAGGUGAUCUCAAAACACACAUGAGAACUCAUACAGGAGAGAAACCAUAUACUUGCUCGGUAUGUCAAAGAAGCUUUUCACGUCAAAGUCAUCGAAAAACACACAUGAGAACUCAUACAGGAGAGAAACCAUAUACUUGCUCGGUAUGUCAAAAACGUUUUUCUCGUCAAAGUAAUCUCACAAUACACAUGAGAUAUCAUUUAAAGAAACAAAAAAAUGAUAAUUUGGAAGAUGAACAUAGCAAAAUCACAGUUGAUGGAUCUGUAUUUGUAGAUUCUUCCAUAGAAGUCAAGGCAGAGCCAGAAUAUAUUGAUUGUGAAGUUGAUGUGAAAUAUACAUACCAGGAUAUAGAGAGUGAAGAAGACCAUCCAAGUUUUGAUGUGGAAACCAGAAAGAAGAAACUUUUCACUUGCUCAGUAUGUCAAAGAAGUUUUUCUGAAUCAGGUGAUCUCAAAAAACACAUGAGAACUCAUACAGGAGAGAAACCAUAUUCAUGCUCUAUAUGUCAAAGGAGUUUUUCUCGUCAAAGUCAUCUUAAACCACACAUGAGAACUCAUACAGGAGAGAAACCAUAUUCUUGCUCUGUAUGUCAAAGAAGUUUUUCUCGUCAAAGUGAUCUUAAAACACACAUGAGAACUCAUACAGGAGAGAAACCUUAUUCUUGCUCGGUAUGUCAGAGAAGUUUUUCUCGUUACAGUAAUCUCAAAAUACACAUGAGGUCUCAUUUAUUCAAACAAGAAAAUGACAAUUUGGAAGAUAAACAUAGUAAAAUUACAGUUGAUGGAUCUUUAUUUGUAGAUUCUUCCAUAGAAGGGAAGGGGGAGCCAGAAUAUAUUGAUUGUGGUGAAGUUGAUGUAAAAUAUACAGGCCAGCCUACAGAUAGUGAAGAAGACCACUCGAGUUUUGAUGUGGAAAGCGGAAAGAAUGUCGGUAUCGCAGAAGAAAAGAGACAUUUGGGUAGAAUAGAAGUGUUUUCAACGAGGAGCAACACAGCAGAGAAAGAAAUAACUUGUACUGAAUGCCAAAGGACAUUUUCACAGGUGUGUGACCUGAAAUCCCACAUGAGAACUCAUAGAGGAGAGAAAUCAUUCACUUGCUCAGUAUGUCAAAGAAGUUUUUCUGAAUCAAGUGAUCUCAAAAAACAUAUGAGAACUCAUACUGGAGAGAAACCAUAUACUUGUUCUGUAUGUCAAAGAAGUUUUUCUCGUCAAAGUCAUCUUAAACCACACAUGAGAACUCAUACUGGAGAGAAACCAUAUUCUUGCUCUGUAUGUCAAAGAAGUUUUUCUCAUCAAAGUGAUCUCAAACCACACAUGAGAACUCAUACGGGUGAGAAACCAUAUAGCUGCUCUGUAUGCCAAAGAAGUUUUUCUCGUCAAAGUAAUCUCAAAAUACACAUGAGCUCUCAUACAGGGGAGAAGCUAUAUACUUGCUCUGUAUGUGAGAAAAUUUUUUCUCAUCAAAGUACUUUAAAAAAACACAUGAGAAUUCAUACAUGAGAGAAACCAUUCACUUGCUCUGUAUGUCAAAGUUUCUGGUUCAGGUCCUUUCAACUCUCAAAAGAUAAGGGAAAACUGCCAUUAACCUAAAUUCUGCGAUUUAUGGCACCAAGUUUUGGAUAAUGCCGCCUGUUAAGUAUGUUAUCGUACCAUAACUCUAUUUUUGGCACUUUAUGGCGCCAAUAACUCAAACCUGGCCAUUAUGGCGCCACAAAUCGCUGAUUUUAUAGCGCUAGACAAGCCCCAUAAAACCGGAUUGCCAUUAACUGAGUCUGCCGAUAACCAGGUACUGCCUGUACUUGAUGUUUGUUCAAGUAGUUUUCUAAUUCUGAAAUUCUCAAGGUACAUAUCGGAAAUCAUUGUAGAGAGAGGACAUUCUCCAGUCCUAAUGUCAAAAAUGCUAGACAGUUUCAAAUACCUUUAGGUUACUCAUGAAAACUCAUAAUAUUUAUGAGGUAAUUAAAUGUACUGUACUGAAUGCUAAAACCAUACCUGUUCCUACAAAAUAUACAAACUGUCUUUCUGUAUAUAAGGGAUAUGCUUCAGCGUAGCUGGAUAUGGCUGUUUAACAUUUAAACAAGUUAGUUAGGUAGUUAUCUACUGGAUGCCAGAUGGGAGUCUGGCCCACCCAGCUGGUACACGUCACUUUGCUUUCAGCCAUCAUGCUGUAUGGAGCCGUUGUGUUGCCCUCUACCUUGCCUGCCAUUUUGCUUUGUUUUUAGUCUACUCUCCUGGUGGGAUUGUUGCCUGUUUUGUGUUGUGAUACAUCUUUUGUGCUUUUUCUGUGUUUGUCUAAUGCUACUAUUAUGCAAAUCCACAAAUUUGUUAAGCCUAAGGUGUGCAAGGGUAGUGCCAGGUGCAAAUGCCCAGUUACUGCCUCUAGAACCUGUACCCAUCACCACCUGUUCUUAAUGUUGACGCUCAUGUCCUUGGCACUAGUCGCAGGGGCAUUACUGUACAAGCAGUCCCCGGUUAUUGGUGGUGAUUCUGUUCCCAAUGGCGCAACGAUAUCUGAAAAUCAGAGAUAUAGUGCCGAUCCGCUGGUGAUUCUGUUCUCAGUGGCACAAUGAUAUCCAAAAAUCAGAGAUAUAGCACCGAUCCACAGUUAUUGCUGCCAAUCCUUGGUUAUUGGCUUUGAUGACUGGGGAUCGGUGGCAUUAUUAAGCGGGGAUCAGCACAUUGUGGCCCCUAAAAUUCAGUUAUCCUCAUUGCUAGACAAACGCCAUAAAACUGGAUUGGCAAUAACUGAGGCCACAGAUAACCAGGGAUUGCUUGUAUAAUCUUGACACUACUUGUAGUAAGCGUUUGGAACUGGUCACCAGUGCAGUGGGUGAAGUACUCACAGAUGAGGAAGUACAAGGAGAGGACUCUCAAGGUGUUGUCCAGCAGUAACACACCCCAACUACACAGUUGUUUGCCAAUCCAUUUAGUUCCUAUCCUUCCUCCUUUAGAACUUCCUUGCUUUGCUGUCACUCCUAUUGGAGCAAUCUCCCCUUUGUCAUCUUCGGUUGCUUUGUCAGGCGGGAGUCAACAUGUUAAAGUGCUGGUAAUUAGGACAACCUCUGCUAGGAUGGUCUCUGCUCAUUCAGGAGGGGAGGAAUCCCCUUUGGGGCAAGAAGAGACUACCAACCCCAACCCUACUUCCCUUUCAGCUGUGGUGGAGAUCGAGGAUCUCUGGGAGAGACUCCUAGGUCUCCAGGGGAUUCCCUCAGUGCAGAGCUUGCUGUGUCACCUGAGGGCUUCUCACACCCUUGCUAUGCCUCCUGUGACUCUGUGCAGUGACAGUCUCACAUUAACUGUCAUGAUGACUGCAAUGGCUAAGAUGCUUAUGAACAUUACCACACACACCCCUCUGUUGAUGACCCCGGCUAUUGUUGACCCAGCAUCACCGCACCCCCUGCCAUACCUUUUAGUGUUGUCUCUGCUCCCCCCUUCAUCGGGGAUAGAACCAAAAGGUGUCGUCGUCUUCAUCUUCAUCGUCUUCCUUGUCGUCAUCUGCUGCCUCCUCCCCUUCUUCUUCCAAGGCCCACCAGAGGAGGAAGAAGGUUGCUUGACCUGCCUGGAAGAAGUCCUACCAUGGGUUGUUUGACUUGGUGCCUCCCUCCAUGGGGGGGGGGAGAUGGGGGUCUCGCUCACUCCCCAGUCUUCAGACUUGGGAGCCAUGUCACAGGUCUCUUUGAGACCUUGUGAUUUGGGAGCUUCCAGUGCAUGAGUCCAAGAGUACUUGUAUACCCGAAACUAGUUUGGGGAAGUCACCUUCCAGAACUAGUGUAGUGCCUACCUCGACUCGAGAAAGCUACUGAUGAUCGCAUAUGUGAUUUGUGAGCAUUGAGUACACAACCGUCUAAGCAGGAUAGUGACUCUCCAGGUACUUGGGUGUCUACAAAACCUCAAAUCACCUCCACCAGCAUGAAGGAGUCUGCUCCUCGGUCUGGUGAAGGCACUACAUGAGAGCAAGUGGAGAAGCAAGCUGGUGCUUCUUCACCUCCUGCCACCACUCGUCUGAGUAUGUAGACAGAGUCCCAUUCAGGUGCUGCUGACUCCAGAGCCUGCGCACUCUGAGAAGCAUCAAGGAGGCACCCCUACACAGUCUUCUUUUUGGCCGGAGGCCAUGGCCUCGAAGAAGACUGGAGCAUGUUGUGAGGACAGCACAAGCUCACACCCGAGAGUAUGCAGUCGCUCUCCCUCUUAGACAAGCUUCUUCCCCCUCCUCUGCCUUGACAAAAGAAGUACUACUUGCCCUCGGAAGAGCCACUGCCGAUGAAACAGGUUGACCCAGACUUGGUUCGCUAAGGUUCCGGGUCUGUUGCUGCAGCACCUUACUGCCAAGAAAGAGCAUUGCUCUCACGCAAUAAGAAACAGCGAACCCAGAAGCCACUGCCAUGGCACCCUUCCAGACAGUCUCCUGGCUGGACCUGUAGUCAUUCACACCACUGUCCAAGGUUGCCUUCUCCUAGGGAUCUGUUGUCCCAGGAUUCCUCCUUCAGGAGACUGUGCCAAUUUGGAAGUAGGGCGAUCACCUACCUGACCCACCAGACGUCAAACCUAUAGGCGAAUUUGGUCUUACUGAUGGAUGCUAUCCUGAAUUGUAUUUCCAAGUUCGGUGGCCAAGAAUCUGCCCUGGCUCUGAGGAAUGUACCAUUGCUGGGGUUCGCCUCUUUUUCCCAGGGAGCAGGUAGAUGUUAUGAUGGACAAGAGUCGCAUCAAUGACAACGACUGUCUUUUUCACCAGGCAGUGACCAAGACUGCUAAGUCUUUAUGUGCUCUUGCAGCCCAACCUUUGGUUCAGGCUAGCACUUCCUCCACAGGCCCCAAGAAGAACCAGGCUGCGAAGGGUAUCGGGGGGAACACCCAGCCUUCUUCUGCUCCUGCUAAGAAAUGAGUGCAGUCGCACCCCUUUCAACCUCCCUUCUAGACCAGAAAGGGGGUUAAAGGUAAGAAGAAGAGAGGAGGACACUAGGGUCGGCAUUCCCCUCUACAUGCUGCUGUUGGUGGUGGGUGCCUGUUGAGCCACUGGGCAACUUGGCAACAAUACAGAGCCAAGACAGGGGUAACAUAUGUCCUUCAGGAGGGCUGUCUACUCCCCUUUCAGUUUUGACCAUCCCUCACCAGCAACCUGGUCUAUUUCUGUUCAUAUGUAACUGGCUCACCAAAGGACUACAGUAGUGGGAUAUGUCAACAAGCAUGUAGGCCUAGUGUCUCGUUUGCUUCACAUGUUGAUGAUGCAGGUGCACGAGUGGGCGGUAGCACUCUUGGUGGAGCUGUCAGCCAGAUAAAUUCCAGGCAAGAGGAAUGUAGUGGUAGACAAGCUCAGUCGCCAGGGUCAAGUUAUAGGGACAGAAUGGUCCCUUCACACAGAUGUCAAGGAAAGGCUGUUCAGCAUUUGGGAUCUUCCUUCCAUCAACCUGCUUGUCACUUGGCACAAGAGGAAGCUGCAAUGUUUUGUUCCAUUGUUCUAGAUCCAGGGUCCAUAGCAGAGGAAGCCUUCCAACACCCAUGGGAUGACCAGGACACUUAUGUCUUCUUUCCUUUUCGUCUGAUUUAAAGGGUGAUCAACAGGGUAAUAACCACCCCAAGUCUCAGAAUGACCUGGGUAGCUCCCUAGUGACUACGUGCAGUAUGGUAUCCAGACCUGCUAGCUCUACUUCUCUUUGCACAGUUAACAGAGAUGUCUGGAUACCUGUGACAGUCCUCUGCAGCUGUAUACCAAGGGAUGUGGGCCGUCUAUGGUUGGUUUCGUAGGCAGGGUCUCUCUCUGGUUGGAGCUACUAUUCAACAGGUAGUAGGCUUCCUUGUCUUUCUUCACCAAGAGAAACUCCUAUCUUUAUCAGCUGUUAAGGGCUAUAGGGCUGGCUUGGUUCUAGUCAUCUAUCUGAGGGAUGUAGAUAUCUCCUCCUCGUGGGAAAUUUUUUGCUGAUGAAGAGCUUCAAAAUGUUUUUCUUCCCAGGGGACUCAGUCCCCCUGAGUGGGAUGUGACUCGUAGUUUUAUGGAGCCUCACUUGUGCAUUGCACAAGCCUUUAUGAGGAUCAUCAGACAGGAAUCUGACUCUCAAGACCGUCUUCUUGCUUGGCCUGGCAUCAGCGAAGAGAGUGGGUAAACUUCAUGUUCUUUAUUUCAGUGUGAAACACAUGAGGAGAUAGGGAUCAGUUACUCUUUAUUUUGUCCUGGACUUUGGAGUAAAGACAUAGCAUCCGUCGGUCUCUUGACGCCAGAUUCGAGUCCUUUAUGAUCCCCUCCCUAGAGGACUUGGUUGCUGAUAAUCCAAAUGAGAUGCUACUCUGUCAAAUUAGAAUGCUGUGGUACUAUCUAAAGAAGAUUUGACACCUCCUGCCUGAGUAUCCCCAGUUCUCGGCAAUCCAGUUUUUCAGCGCUUUUCUAGCGAUGACGGUAACUGUAUUUUCAGUGCUGAUAUUCGUCGAUCACUGGUUACCAGCACCAGUCCCCAAUUAUUGGCGCCAAUCCCAGUUAUCAGGGUCGAUAACCCGGGAUUGGCGCUAUUAUCGCAGAUUUUCGGUUAUUGUCACACCUUCAGGAAUGGAACCCCCACUGAUAACCAGGGACUGCCUGUAUUGGCUUGACCAAGAAAGAGGUAUCAAAGAACACCAUGUCUUUAUGUUUUUGUGAGAUGAUCGAAUGAGUGUACUCUGCUUCGAGUGAGGAGAAUCCUAGUGAGUCGGGUGAGAGCCCACAAAGUCAGGGGCAUUGCUCUGUCCCUUGCAUUCAGGAAGAAUCUUCUGUCAGUUCCUCAGGUAUUGAAGGCAGGGGUGUGGUUGCGCCAGACCCCCUUCACCUCCUUUUACCUUCGGGACAUUACCCCUUAAGUCCUUGGACAUGUUUUCCAUGGGUCCUGUGGUGGCUGCUCAACAAGUCAGGUACCUGGCUUCCCUAAGAGGACAGGAAGCAUCUUGCCUAAGGUGCUCAGUUAUGAAAGAGAGAGUAUGUGUGUGAAUGACUGGACUCUCCUCCUUUCUCCUUUGUUCAUCAUCCUUCCUCCCCCUGUGAGCAGAGGAUAGGUCAGGCCAUCACUUGCUGGAACUGGCGUUGAUGCAGGUAAUUUUCAUAAUCUAGUUCCCAUUUUAUUUCCUAAAAUUUUAGUUAGAUGUAGAAGCAAUGCCAACCCUCUCUCUAACAAACCAAUUGCUUAGCCCCUUUUCGAAUAAUGUUGCUUUAUAACCAUUCAUUCAAAAAGGCUCAGAAACCUGACAGCUGAACAAGCAUUUCCCAUUCUCUGUUCAGAUGUCAGAGGCAAUGGUCCCUUCCCCGAUCUACAUGACUAGGAAGUGACCCAGGGGUGGCGAACUACCAGUCAGUUUAGAAGCGUCCUCAGACUACUCCUACUUAGAAGUAAGUCUUCCAUAUGUAAAGAUCAAUGGUCUUUAUAUUAUGUAGGAACAUGUAAAUGGCAAAUAUUUAAAAGUGCAGUGGACUCCCCGCAUUCACGGAGGAUGCGUACCAGUUCCCCCCACCCCCCUGCAAAUAGCUAGAAUCUGGCGAAUACUUAAAAACCCUUUAAAAAUGCUUAAAACUGCCUAUUUUGUUAGUUCAAACUCAAGAAAAACCCACUAAAAAUGCUUUUACCUGGUUUUUUAAAAAUAGUUUUAUCACAAAAAAUGCAUUUAAUCAUGAAAUUGAUCUGAAAAUUCAGUAAUUUGUGGAUAUUUCUCAUAGAAAAAUAUUGCAAAUAGGCAAAUUUCCUGCAAAUAAUUGGUAGAUAUUGUCUAUAGAGAAAUCUGCAAAUACGUGAGUCUGCAAACGUCGAGAACGCAAAUAUGGGGUCGUCCACUGUAAUUUUUAUUUUUCCCAACUAUACAAACCUUAGGUUUUUAGUGUUAUGUGUCCACCUCAUGCCACCCCUCAGUCUGACACCUGGCCCAAAGGCAAAAUGAAUGCUUAACGGCCAAUUGGGCAGGACUUUCACCCAGUGACCGUUAGUUAACUACCUAACCAACUUGUUUAAAAGUUAAACGGCCGUGUCCAGCUACGCUAAAGCAUAUUCCUUUUGUAAAGACCUCAUGUUUGUAUAGUUUGGAAAAAUACAAAUCACUUUAAAAUUUUGUUAUGCUUUUUGAUUGGUGAAAUUUUAUUUAUUAAAGAGUACGUAUUCCAAAUUGAAGAAAAUUACACCAGAUUCUCAGUAGGAUUAAGAAUUGUACAUAGAACAUCCUGUGAAAAUGGAAGCUGAAAAAUCAUCAUUGUUGUUAAUCAAAGAAGAGAAGGAGAAUUUGGAGGAAGUUCAUACUGAACUUAUUUGCAGAUCCUUUUGUAGAGGUCAAGGCAGAUCCAGAAUAUUUUGACCAUGGUGAAGUUGAUAUGAAAUGGUUGUAUAAAUAACCUUUAUACAAAGGUAAAAUAAAUUAGUUUGUUUUUUCUCAGUUUUACUCUUUGAACUCUGUUCUGUAUGCACUAGUUUAAGAAAUUUCCUGGUGUCUGUUUCACUUUUCUUGUUCCCAUAUACAUAUGAUUUCCAAAUCAGGAAUUAGUGUUGUCAUUGGUUGACAUUAAUUUUUCAUCCUUUUGUUAUACAGCAUUUUGUGUAUGCACUUGUAUAAGUAUGUACCAGUUGUAAACUUGAAUAUUUACAUGAAAUGUUAUGCAUAGUAGAAGUAAACAUGAAAUGUCAUGUAUUGUGGAAGUAAAAAGAUUGAUAAUUUCAUUAAACAUCAAUGAAAAUUA